UUUGAUUGUCGCGUGACCGGCCGUCCGUAUCCCGAAGUGACAUGGUACAUAAACGGUCAACAAGUGGCCAACGACCUGACCCACAAGAUCCUCGUGAACGAGUCUGGUAACAACUCGCUGAUGAUCACGAAUGUGAGCCGCGCGGAUGCUGGCGUGGUGACCUGCGUCGCUAGGAACAAAGCUGGCGAAACCUCGUUCCAAUGUAAUUUGAACGUGAUCGAGAAGGAGCAAGUUGUCGCGCCGAAAUUCGUGGAACGAUUCACAACGACGAAUGUAAAAGAAGGAGAACCGGUUGUUUUCAUGGCACGUGCGGUUGGCACUCCUGUACCGCGCAUCACCUGGCAGAAGGAUGGAGUGCCAAUAACACCUGGACCGGAUGUGCGUGUUUCAACGGACGGCAGCGGAUCGUCAACUUUAGACAUACCCUAUGCAAAAUUGUCAGAUGCAGCUUGGUACCAGUGCACAGCGCAGAAUGUUGCCGGCUCUACCGCCACCCGAGCACGGCUCUUCGUGGAAACACCGAAAGGAACAGCCCCCGAACCAAGACGCCUGAACUUACCCCGACCGACGAAAGUCAUCGAACCAGAACCAGCGCCUGGCCCCGAAGUGAUUUAUUUGAGACACGUGGAACGUGCCAAGCCAUAUUUGCCUCCACCUGAGGAAGAUAGAGUUUAUCCACCACCACGUUUCAUCGUACCAUUGAAGGACGUCCAUCAGAUCGAGGGUGGACGAAUUCACUUCGAGGCCAGAAUCGAACCGGUGGGCGAUCCCACUAUGAGGGUAGAGUGGUACGUCAACGGAAGAGCUCUCGAUGCGAGUUCCCGGGCGACUUCUAUCUUCCGAUUCGGCUUCAUCUCUCUCGACCUGAUCAGCAUCGUUCUACAGGACAGCGGCGAAUAUUUAUGCCGCGUCGUAAGUUCCACCGGAGUCGCCGAAUCUCGAGCUACCCUCAGCGUGACACCACGCGCCACAAUCGAACAGGCUAGCCAACACCCCGACAGCCUUCAAUAUAUCCAACAGCUCGAGGAUUACAGCAAGUAUCAAAGGCAGGAGAGUGUGGAGGAGAUCUCUCCACAGCGGCCGGCCUUCAUCCGACCACUCCAGGAUCUAGGAGAAUUACAGGAAGGUCGUAACGCUCAUUUUGAAGCGCAACUGACCCCUGUAAGUGACCCCACGAUGAAAGUGGAGUGGUACAAGGAUGGCAGGCCAAUCACAGCUAGCUCAAGAAUCACAACCAUCUUCAACUUCGGGUACGUCUCGCUCAAUAUAUUGCACCUACGAGCUGAAGAUGCGGGUUCUUACACUGUCAGAGCUGUGAACCGCUUGGGAGAGGCCGUCAGCUCCGCAUCUCUUCGUGUCUUGGCACGCACAAGCGUUACUACCGAUCUAGGAAUCCCCGAGCAACAGAGAUAUAUCGAAGCUGCCGAGGAGUUGGAAGCCUAUCAACAGGCUAUGCACCAGAAGUACGUGCAGGAGCAGCCUGAAUCGACUAGCCCACCGGAAUUCAAAACUCCCAUCAAGGAUCAGAAUAGCAUACGAGAAGGCGGAUUUGCUCAUUUCGAAGCACGCCUAGAGCCAGUUGGCGAUUCCAGUUUGAGGGUCGAAUGGCUCAAGGACGGACGCCCUGUAGAAGCAAGCUCACGGAUCACGACGUUCUUCAACUUCGGUUACGUGGCACUGACCAUCAAAUACGUAACGAUCCACGACGUUGGCAUAUACACUUGUCGCGCAUACAACCGUGUCGGCGAGGCACACACGACUGCUCAACUGAGCGUGAUCAGCAAGAACGAUGUCAUUUACGACAGCCAACAUCCCACCGGCUUACAGAAAAUUCAAACUCUGGAAGACUCGAGCAGAUAUUCGCGACAAGUCCAGGAAGAAACACAAGUGACUCAAGCGCCACGAUUUUUGGGCAACCUGAAGGGUACCAACAAGAUCGUCGAGGGCCAACGUGCUCAUUUCGAGGCUCGUGUCGAACCUCAAAGUGACUUGACCAUGAGAAUUGAAUGGUACCACAAUGGGAAACCCAUCACUGCUGCGAACAGAAUUCAGACCUACCACGACUUUGGAUACGUGGCUAUAGAUAUUCUUCAGGUCAGAUCCGAGGACGCUGGUACUUACACUGUCGUCGCUAGAAACGCUCUUGGAGAAGCUAAACUGUCCGCCACCAUGGUUGUCGAAACACGUUCGAGCGUGGAUACCAGCAGCAUGCAUCGCGUUUCCUACGAGAAAACACAACGCCUCGAAGAGUCGAAAUUCGUCGAGCCGCAGUACCACAUCGAGGAAAUUUCCAAAUCGAAGCCGAUAUUCGUUCAACCGCUGAGCGACCCUAAGCCAGUGAGCGAGGGCAAGAACAUCCACUUGGAAUGCCGUUUGGAGCCGAUGGGCGACCCAACGAUGAGAGUCGAAUGGUUCCAAAAUGGCCGUCCGGUUACCGUUGGCUCCAGAUUCAGAACUUAUUAUGACUUUGGUUUCGUCGCGUUGGACAUCGUUCAUUCGACCGUCCUCGACUCGGGCGAAUAUACUGUCAGAGCUACCAAUCAUCUUGGCACCGCUCACACCUCAGCCUGUGUCAGAGUAAUCGGCAAGUCGGAUGUCGUUACCGAAACUCAGCACGAGCAGUCGCUCGAACAGAUUCAAAUGCUCGAAGAUUCCGCAAGAUACCGCAGGACUCAACAAGAAGAAGUGACAGUAAUGCAACCACCGCAAUUCACUCGCCCUUUGCACAACAUCGAGACGGUAGAGCUGACCAACGUUCACCUCGAGUGUCGUCUUCAGCCAGUUGGCGAUGCCACCAUGAAGGUGGAUUGGUUCGUCAAUGGGAGACCAGUGAAAACUGGCCACAGAUUCAGGCCAUCUUACGAGUUCGACUACGUGGCCCUCGACAUCUUGGGCGUUUAUCCAGACGAUUCAGGCGUGUACACAUGCCAGGCGAGAAAUCAAUUGGGAGAAGCCGUCACUUCCUGUUCAGUGAGAGUACACGCGAAGAAAGACUUGCUGCUGGAGUCUCAGCAUCCUGAAGGCUUGGAAAGAAUACAAUACUUGGAGGAUGCUUCCAGAUACAAGAGGCAGGAAUUAGUCGACGAAGUGGUCAACGUCAAGCCGAGAUUUAUCACCGCGCCGAAGAAUCAGGAGAAUCUUUGCGAAGGGCAAUACGCUCACUUUGAGUGCAAAUUGGAACCAGUGACGGACUCGAAUUUGAAGGUUGAAUGGUACAAGAACGGUCGUCCGGUUACAAUAGGACACCGAUUCCGUCCAAUCCACGACUUUGGCUACGUUGCCCUGGAUGUGAUCGACCUAAUCGCCGAGGACUCAGGCACCUACACCUGUCGCGCUGUCAAUCUCGUUGGUAGCGACGAAGUAUCUUGCACUCUGACCUGUCGAUCAACUGCACAAGUUCUGACGGAUACACGGAACGAGACUGGCCUCGAACAGAUUCACUAUCUCGAGGAUAGAUCUAGAUACCAACGACGAGAAGAUGUCGAGGAAACAACCACUCAGGCACCAAUUUUCACCACCUCCUUGAACAACGUAGAGAUCAAAGAAGGCCAAAGGGCGCAUUUCGAGUGCAGAUUGAUACCCGUGUCCGAUGCAACGAUGAAAGUCGAAUGGUUCCACAAUAAUAAACCUGUCAAGGCUGGCUCCAGAUUUGUAGAGACCAACAGCUUUGGCUUCGUCGCUUUGGACAUUAUGUACGCCUAUCCUGAAGAUUCUGGCACUUACACCUGCCGAGCGAAGAACAUCAUUGGAGAGGCGAUUACAUCCGCGACUGCUGUCGUGCACUCGAAAAAGUCAAUUUACACGGAAAGCCAAAAUGAAGAGACACUCCAACGUCUUCAAUACUUGGAGGAUACGUCGAGGUAUCAGCGAAAAACUACGACAGAAGAAAUCGUCACUCAAGCACCAGUAUUCACGAUGCCAAUCAAGGACCUGAGAGUCGCUGAAAAUCAAGCGGCACAUUUUGAAGCACGCGUGAUUCCUGUCGGCGAUUCCAAACUGAAGGUCGAAUGGCUGCGAAAUGGAGUCCCGAUCGCAGCUUCCAAGGCGGCCCUGCAAUUCGAGUCGCAGCACGAGAGCGCGUUGUCGAAGAUCCAAAUACUGGAGGACAGUAGCAGGUAUCAACGGCAAGAAGAGGAGGAGAUCGUUGUAAAGGAGAAACCGUCGUUCACGGUCCAACUGAACGGGCCUACCAGCUUAGUCGAGGGGCAAAGCGCACACUAUGAGUGCCGCAUCGAGCCCUAUCCCGAUUCGAGUAUGAAGGUGGAAUGGUUCCACAAUGGGAAACCAUUGUCCACCGGUCACAGGUACCGAACGACCUGCGACUUUGGAUUCGCUGCGUUGGACGUGCUCACGGUAUAUGCCGAGGAUUCAGGCACCUAUACCUGCCAGGCCACCAAUAGACUGGGAUCGGCGAAGAGCUCGAUCAAUCUCGACGUGAAAUCUCGCGCGUCGAUUAUUCGCGAGACUCAACACGAAAGUGCCCUGAAGAAGAUACAAUAUCUCGAGGACGACUCGCGUUACAAACGUACGGACCAGGAGGAUUUGAUCGUCGCCGAGAAGCCGAAAUUCGGUCGCCCAUUGAAGAACAUCGAGCAUCUGCCUGAAGGCAAGAGCGCUCAUCUCGAAGCGACUUUGACGCCUGUUAACGAUCCCACUAUGGUUGUUGAGUGGUUCAGGGAUGGUAGACCGAUCCCUCAAGGGCAUAAGUUCAAAACCACUUACGACUUUGGCUACGUCGCUCUGGAUAUUCUGUACGCCUAUCCGGAAGACUCUGGAACUUACAUGUGCAAGGCGAGGAACGCUGUUGGAGAAGCUGUUACCACUUGCGUCAUCAGCGUUGACUCAAAACAAGGCCUCUAUUUGGACACGUUAGACGCUCAGCGUUUGCAAAAGAUUCGCGAAUUGGAGACCGUAGAAGUGAAGCAAGAGAUCGAAAAGGAGGUUGUACACGAGAAACCCGUUUUCUUGACUCCACUGAACAACCUGGAUCUAAAAGAGGGCGAACACGCUCACUUGGAAUGCCGCGUCGAACCCAUCAACGAUCCAAAUCUAAAGAUAGAAUGGUUCGUAAAUGGAGUUGCUGUAAGAACAGGACAUCGCUUCCGCAAGACACACGACUUUGGUUACGUGGCCCUUGAUAUUCUCUAUACAUACCCUGAAGAUUCUGGUACCUACAUGUGCAAAGCUACCAACUUGGCUGGCGAGGCUGUCAACACGUGCACCAUCAGAGUUGGCUCUCGCCGCAGUAUUCUUCUAGAUACUCAACAUCCAGAUGGUCUCGAGAAGAUUCGUGAACUCGAGGCCCAAGGUCGUCCAGCACGCUUAGAAGUAGAAGAACCACCAGUGACACCACCGAGGUUCAUCACUGAACUUAGGGGUACCACCGAGGUGUACGAAGGACAAACAGCCCACUUCGAGUGCCAAGUUGAGCCACUUCACGACGCCAACUUGAGGAUCGAAUUCUUCCACAAUGGCAAGCCGCUUCCAUCGGCUUCCAGGUUCCACGUGACAUUUGACUUUGGAUACGUGGCUCUUGACAUCGGCCAUGCUGUUCCUGAAGACGCGGGAGAAUAUUCUGUACGAGCUAUCAACGCUCUUGGACAAUGCGUGUCUUCGAUCGAACUGAGGGUUAUUCCAAGGGACAACAUUAUCCUGGACUCGCAACGUCCUGAAGGACUGGACAAGAUUCGUGAACUGGAAGCUCAACAACCUUGGAAGAGACCAGACGUGCCGGAACCACAAACCAGACAGAGGCCGGUGUUCACCCAACCGUUGCAAAAUAUCGACGCCAUUCCCGAAGGACACACCGCUCACUUCGAGUGCAGGCUGAUCCCUGUAGGAGAUCCUACGUUGAAGGUCGAGUGGUUCAGAAAUGAAAUCCCGCUCGAGACGAGUUCACGAAUCACCAAAGUCCACGAUUUCGGCUACGUCUCGUUGGACAUCAACCACGUGAGAGAAGAAGACGAAGGUGUCUACAUGUGCCGUGCUUCCAACCCACUCGGUGAAGCAGUUACUACUGCUUCCAUGAAGAUCAGAAGCAAAGCAAACAUUCAAUUAGAAACGCAACAUCCUGAAGCGCAACGUAAGAUCGCCCAGCUUGAAGCCGAUAAACCAGGACGUCCUGAAGAACCGGAGAAAGUAUUCGAUAAACCUAUCUUCACGCAAUUGUUGACUGGACCCACGGAACUUUGGGAAGGCCAGAUGGCUAGAUACGAAUGCAGAGUCGUUCCAGUUGGCGAUGCCAGUUUGAGAUUCGAAUGGUACAUUAAUGGAGUCGAACUGAAGAUGGGAUCUCGGUUCCACGUGAGUCACGAUUUCGGCUACGUGACCCUGGACAUCUUGAAAGUGAUCUCAGAAGAUUCCGGCGUCUACACCUGCAAAGCAAUUAACAAAUCUGGCGAGGCAGUAUCCUCGAUUUCCCUGAAGGUGAAAGCACGCUCGGCCAUCGAUGCCGAUAGUUUGCAACCGGAUGCCUGGCAGAAGAUCCAGCUGAAAGAGGCAGAGAUGAACAAAGUGCCUGAGAUGUUUGUCGACACGACGCCCCAGCAGGCUCCGGUCUUCACGAAACACCUCGAAAGUUACGACAAACUCGUGGAGGGUCAGCACGUGUACUUGGAAGCUCAAGUAGAGCCAAGAGCAGAUCCGAAUCUUCGCGUCGAAUGGUUCAAGAACGGAGUGGCUCUUCAAACUGGAACCAGACUUCGCAGUACCUUCGAUUUUGGCCUAGUUUCGCUAUCCAUCAAUGGCCUAAGGCCUGACGACUCCGCCAUUUAUACUUGCAAAGCCACUAAUCUGUUCGGCGAAGCUGUGUCCACUUGCACCUUGAAAAUCGUCGAUCGUCAUUGGUUACUGGGUGACACCCUUCAUCCCGACGCUCUUCCAAAGAUCGACGCCUUGGAACAACCUCACGUGACAACGGCGGAACAACCAGAGCCGACGUACGAAGAACCAGUGUUCAUCACUCACUUGAACAACGUCGAGUGCGUGGAGGGUGACAACGUACACUUCGAGUGCAACGUUGAGCCGUCCAAGGAUCCAACGAUGAAGAUCGAGUGGUUCAUCAAUGGUAAAGCGCUUCCAACUGGGGCGAGAUUCAAGUCGACUUACGACUUUGGUUACGUAGCUUUGGACAUUAAUCACGCUUACGAGGAAGACUCGGGGCUGGUCAUCGUGAAGGCUACCAAUUCGAAAGGAUCGGCGCAGACUUCCGGAACUCUCAAGUGUACCAGCAAACAGAAUAUCUACCUGCAGACGCAGCAUCCUCAGGGAGAAGCUGGUCUGGAGAAGGUCAAAGAAGCUGAGGACGCGUAUCUGUCGAAGUACAGGAGACCGGAGGCUGGACCGGAGCAAGAAUAUCCGAAGCCGAUCUGGACGGUGCCGUUGCAGCCAGAGUUUAGAUUGGGCGAGUCCGAACCCCUUCAUUUAGAGGGACAGGUAGAGCCUAAGGACGAUCCGAACUUGAAGAUCGAGUGGUACUUCAACGGGAAAGCUCUGGAGCACGGGUCCAGAUUCAAGAUGACCAGUGACUUUGGAUUUGUCACGUUAGACCUGACGGACGUCUACGAUCGUGAUUCUGGAAUCUACACCUGCAAAGCGUACAACAAAGCUGGCGAGGCGUUCACCUCGACGACCAUCUAUUGCUCGACCAAGGAGAACAUCAUCGAGAGAUCGCAACAUCCGAAAGGUAAAGAAGGCUUAGAAGCGAUCCAGGAUCUCGAAGAGUCAUUGAAACGGCAAGAAGGAGCUCCGCCGGAGAGCGAGGAAGGUCAUCCACCUAUAUUUACGUCGCAAUUCGAGAACCUGACAAAUCUGUCUGAAGGAGAAAUCGCUCACUUUGAGGCUUCGCUCACGCCGACUGGUGACCAAACAAUGGUGGUCGAAUGGUUCUACAAUGGGAAAGUAUUGGAAGCGAGUCAUCGCAUUAGAACUGUUUACGCUUUCGGCAUGGUGGUUCUCGAGGUACUUGGAACGAAGAUAGAGGACUCUGGCACCUAUUCCUGCAGAGCAACCAACAAAUGGGGCCAAGCGGAAAUCAGCGUAGAACUGGAAUGCGUGGACAAAUCCAAAGGGCAGAAACCGAAAUUCACGACUCACAUUCAGUCGUUGGAGGGCCUGAAGGAUGGACAGUCCGCCCACUUCGAGUGCACUUUGAUCCCAGUCGGGGAUCCUCACAUGAAAGUGGAAUGGUUCCACAAUGGUCAGCCAUUGAGACACUCGUCCAGAUUCAAGAUGGUGUCCGAUUUUGGAUUCGUCGUGAUGGACAUUGCUGGCGUGAUGGCUCACGACACCGGAGAAUACGUGUGCAAGGCUAGCAACAAAUACGGCGAAGAUUACACGAAAGCAACCCUGAAAUGCUUCGGCAAGAGCGGAGUGUACCUCGAUUCGUUGCAACCGGACUCUCUCGCUAGGAUCAGGGAAUUGGAGAGUUACGGUGGUGAACAACCUACGACGCCGACGACUCCGGUCGCAGAGCCACCUAAGUUCAUCACGCAGAUAUCUGACAUCACGAAACUGGUCGAGGGGCAGUCGGCUCACUUCGAAGCUAGACUCACGCCAGUGAACGAUCCAGACUUGAAGGUCGAAUGGUAUUACAACGGAAAGAAACUGCCUCACGGGCACAGGUACAGAACCUUCCACGAUUUUGGCAUCGUUAUUCUGGACAUCUUGUACUGUUACGAGGAGAAUUCCGGCGUCUACGAGUGCAGAGCUUUCAACAAGUACGGAGAGGACACGACUAAGGCGACGUUGAAGUGUUACUCGAAGUCGAGUCUCAUUUUGGAGUCGCAGCUCCCCAAGGGUAUGGAAGGUGGAUUGGAGAAGAUUCAGACGCUGGAGGACUCGAUGAUUCGCACUAAGGAUGAAAAGGUUGUGGAGGAACGACGAAAGGCGCCUGUGUUCACCGUGCCUUUGAGCAACAUCGACGGCCUCCGCGAGGGCGAGAGCGCGCACUUUGAAGCUAGACUUACUCCCACUGACGAUCCAAAAUUAAAGGUCGAAUGGUUCUGGAACGGGAAACCAUUGCGAACCGGUACUCGUUUCCGCACUUUCUGCGACUUCGGCUUCGUGAUACUCGAAAUCUCGCCGAUCUAUCCAGAAGACUCUGGCGAAUACAGUUGCCGGGCAACGAACGACUACGGCGAGGCUGUAACCACGUGCACGAUGAAGUGCACUGGCAAACGAAGCAUCAUCCUCGAGUCUCAGCUGCCGAAAGGAAUGGAAGGCACCAUUGACAAGAUCGCCGAGUUGGAAGGUCUUGGAAACGAGCCUGGCCAAGCGAUACCGGACGACGACACCGGGAAACCACCGGAAUUCGUCACAACGCCGUCUGAUCUGACCCUAACCGAGAAUUCCUUGGCGCACUUCGAGUGCAGAUUAACACCGAUCAACGACUCCAGCAUGAGAGUAGAAUGGUUCCACAACGGGAAGCCUCUGCUGGCCGGAAGCAGAAUCAAAACCAUCCACGAUUUCGGAUUCGUUAUUUUGGAAGUAGCCAACUGUUACCAACGAGACUCCGGCCUGUACACUUGCAAGGCAACGAAUCGUCACGGCGAGGCGACCGUUUCUUGCAAGCUGCAAGUCCGUGGACGUCAAGGGAUCAUCUUGGAGCCACAGCUGCCAACCAACUUCAAGACUGGCACGGAGAGUAUUCAGAAAUUAGAGGAGGCGUUGUACAAGAGGGACGAGAUAUUAACCGAGGAAGAGACGCCUAAUCCGCCCAAGUUCACCGUGGAGUUGAAGGACAUAGAAGUGGAGGAAGGAGAACCGAGUCACUUUGACUGCAGAGUGGAACCCGUGGGCGAUCCUACGAUGCGUAUCGAUUGGUUCCAUAAUGGAAGAUCGUUCGCGACUGGAUCUCGUGUACACCAGAUCAACGACUUUGGAUUCAUCUCGUUGGAUAUGUCGUACACUUAUGCUAGAGACAGCGGAGAAUACGUUUGCAGAGCUACCAAUAAGUGGGGAUCUGCUACUACUAAGGCCACCAUAACGUGUAAAUCUAAGAAGACCAUAGAUUUCGACUCGCAGCUGCCCUCAGGCAUGAGCGGCGAAAAAUUGAAAGAAUUGGAACGUGGUCCAGUGAGCGAGCCACCUGCUGAAGAGCCACCACGUCAACCACCAAGAUUCAUUACACAGAUCCAAUCAGCGACCGUCGAUGAGUCCGAGCCAGUUAGGUUCGAAUGCCGCGUGGAACCAAAAGAUGAUCCAAAUCUACGUAUCGAGUGGUACAGAAACGGAAAAUUAAUCCCAGCUGGACAUAGAUACAGAACAAUGUACGAUAUGGGAUUCGUGUCAAUGGACAUUUUGUACGUCUAUCCUGAAGACUCGGGAGAAUACGUGUGCAAAGCAAUUAAUGAUCUUGGCGAGGACACUACCCGGGCAUCGGUAUCAUGCAAAAAGUUGCCCAGCAUUAUCCUACAGAACCAAGUGCCAAAAGGUAUGAAGAAGUCGGAAGCGUUGAUGCAGAUGGAAGCCACCAUCAAGAAGUACACCUCGGAGGUUCAUCUCACGGAAGACGAUCUCUACGACGCCGACAAGAAACAACCACCGCGUUUCGUUACCCAGAUCCAAGACCAAACCGACCUGAUCGAGAUGAACAGCACGAAAUUCGAGUGCCAAUUGGCACCUGUCGGUGACCCGAACAUGAAAGUCGAGUGGUUCUUCAACGGCAAGCCUCUGCCACACAAGAACAGAUUCACUCCGAUUUACGAUUUCGGUUACGUGGCAAUGAACUUUGGAUGGGUGUACCCUGAAGACAGCGGGGAGUAUCUAUGCAGAGCGACGAAUCUUUAUGGAAUGGACGAGACACGAGCGGUGAUUCGAACGGCUGGCAAGCCUGGAAUUAUUUACGAGUCGCAGCUACCAAAGGGCAUGAAGAGUAUCGAGAAGAUCAGGGAAAUGGAAGCUGCAUGGCAAAUAGUGCCUGAAGAGGAGGGUGAAGAAGAGAAGGUGCGAGCACCUCCAACAUUUGUGAGCAAACCUGAGCCGGUAACCGUCGAAGAGGGUGAUUGGUCGAGGUUCUGCUGUCGCGUCACUGGUCACCCAAGGCCACGUGUCAUGUGGAUCAUCAAUGGACAUACUGUGGUCAAUGGAUCACGCUAUAAACUAACAUACGACGGCAUGUACCAUCUGGACAUUCCCAAGACGAGACAAUACGAUCACGGGAAAGUCGAGGUAAUCGCAAGAAGCUCGGUCGGCGAGGCACGCACCGAAACCACCCUAACAGUGAAACCACGGAGCGAUGAUUACCGCGGUGUACUGAAGAACUCGCCAAGACCUUGGUAUGAUUACGGGCUGACCCAAUACCAAACGGAGCGACAGAACACAGAGCUCGAGAAAGUCUUCGACGAGAGACACCACAACAUCGCCCAGGGCAUUGAAAUCGCCACGGAGCAUCUUGGACAGAAGGUUUUCAAGGAACCAGAGACAGAAUGGCAGAAGUCUGUGAAGAGCAAGAAGAACGAGGAUUAUUACAGCAAGCUGAUGAAUCUCGAGGAAGAACAAGUCCUCAAAGAGAGUAGACUGAGGGAAACUAGCCAUCAGUUUGCUAUUCCUGGUGAAAAGGUCGUCUCUCAUUCCGUUGCGAAAGGAAUGGCUCAACAGUAUGAAGAAAACUUGGAGGAAAAGAAGGAAGAGAAAGCCGAGGAGACAACCACGCAGACAGCUACGAAAUUCGUGAGGAAGCCACACACGACGGAAAUGGACAUCGACGUGGAGCGAGUGAAGGCCUCAGGAAAGUAUCCUCCGGAACCAUCGGAAUCCAUGGUUCACGGACGCGAGGUGCACGUAGCCAAGCAGAAGCAAACGCAGAAAGAGGUAAAAGGAGACGUGGAGAUCACCAGAAAGAUAACAGCCACGGAGACCACUGAAGUGGAGCACAAAGCCAAGACUCAGGAGCGUGUCGUCCAAGGUCCGAUGAAGCCGGCCAAGCCGCCAGUUUUCACGAAGAAGAUUCAACCUUGCAGAGCAUUCGAGCAAGAGCAAGCGCGAUUCGAGGUGGAAUUCGACGGCGAUCCUUUACCGACCGUCAAGUGGUACCGCGAGGAUUUCCCCAUUCAAAAUUCUCCGGAUCUUCAGAUUUACACGUUCAGUACGAAAUCGGUGUUGAUCGUUCGGCAAGUGUUCAUGGAAGAUUCUGGAGUGUUCUCUGUUAUCGCUGAGAAUCGCGCUGGGAAGGCGAAGUGCAGCGCGAACUUGGUGGUGGAGGAACGUAGAAGACAACCUGGUCGAGGAGGAGUGGUACCACCUAGCUUCCUGUCUACCAUUCAGAACACCUCGGUCACCACCGGCCAACUUGCUAGAUUCGACGCCAAAGUGACUGGUACUAAACCACUGGAUGUUUACUGGCUGAAGAAUGGCAAGAAAGUGACGGCAGACAUUCGUUACAAGACGCUCGAGGAAGACAACACCUACACCCUGCUGAUUUUGGAGACAGUGCCUGAAGAUUCAGGCAAGUACGAGUGCGUCGCGAUAAACAGCGCCGGAGAGGCACGUUGCGACGCUGAAUGCACGGUUCGAGGACCUCAAUCGCCCGCCAAGACGGCAAAACCGACGACGCCAGGCGUCGAGAAGGCACCCACGGUUUUGGAGCCGUUGAGAGAUCAAACUAUCAGAGAGGGAACAUCCGUCGCCUUUGCGUGCAGAAUCACCGGGAAACCGGUGCCAACGGUACAAUGGAAGAAAGGCGACAAGGUCAUCAAGCCAUCCAAGUACUUCCAAAUGCAAAAGGAAGGUGACCUCUGCACCCUGAGGAUCUCCGAGGCUUUCCCCGAAGACGAAGGCGUUUAUAAAUGCAUCGCCAAGAAUCCAGCCGGCGAUGUAACUACUUCAGCCAAUCUUAAAGUUCUUGCCCCCGACGCAGCUGACGUUCUUCCCAAAUUGACACCACUGAAAGAUCAAAUAGUCCUGGAAGGACAACCGGCACAGUUCAAGACCCAAGUUACUCCAGCUAAACCAAAGCCAACGAUCCAAUGGUAUCGCGAAGGUGCCCUAAUCCCUCAGUCACCUGAUUUCCAGAUGAUUCACGAAGGUAAUAACGCCGUGCUGCUGAUAGCGACCACCUACGAAGAGGACACUGGCACCUUUACCUGCCGAGCUACCACGUCAGCCGGCACCGUCGAAACUUCCGCCAAGCUCAUCGUCAAAAGUAAGAACUGAAUAAAAGAUACAAAUUCAAUUGCUAACACGAAACGCGAUUGAAUCGACGGGAUAAGCCUCUGGGUUGUGACGGAGAAACGCGCGCGUAUUUGAAACAAUUUCUCACUUGCACAGAAAAAAAUUUAAAUGUAUUUAAAAUAGAUUAAAAACUUAAAAAAAAAACACUUGUCACUU